GUGACCCCAUAUUUAGUGGGCCCCAUAAUGAGAAGCCCAUGUCUUUUAUUGCUCUCGCUCAGCCCAGCCCACUUCCGUUCUGUCCACGUUCAUUUCAGCGGCGUCGGUUUAGAAUCUCCGCAAAAUCUCUCUCUCAGCGACUGCAAAAUAUUCAGACCAGCCAGUUUUGGAUAAAAGAGAUUCAACAGAGUGAAAGCAAAAGGGGUUGUGCAGAUUGUGUUCAUGGCUUCUUCUAUGGGUGAUGCUUUUCCUCCCAUUCAGGAAGUUCUACUGGAAUUUCGUGCAGGAAAAAUGAUUAUGGAUGAAUCAAUUGUAAGCCCUGAUUCUCGUAAAGGACUCGUUCGUAUUGGAAGGGGAGAAGAAGGGCUGGUUCAUUUUCAGUGGAUUGACAGAUCUCUAAAUGUUAUUGAAGAUGAUCAAAUUGUUUUUCCUGAUGAAGCGGUAUUUGAAAAGGUUUGUCAAUCGUCUGGAAGGGUAUACAUUCUGAAGUUUCGUACAGAUAAUAGAAAGUUCUUCUUUUGGAUGCAGGAGCCCAAAGCUGAAAAUGAUACACAGCUAUGUAACUCUGUCAAUUUUCACCUGAAUCAACCUCUAGAGUUACCUGGAGAAGAAGAACCUGAUGCUUCAGUUCCUGUAAGCUCAGAAGAUACAGUUGGUGAUGAUAUUUCAUCUAGGGCUGGAAACUUGGUUGGCCCGAGCAUGGGUGCUGAAGCUACUAGUGAUGUAACAUCUGCUGGACCCGUUAAGCUGUCAGAUCUGCAGCGGAUAUUAAGCAACAUUGGUUCUGCGGUUGAACCUGAAGAUCCAGAUGCAGGCUUGGGACUUGGUGAUAUUUUGAAGCCAGAAUUUGUGCUGCCUCUUGUUCACGAGUUACCUUUACAUAAACAAUUAGAGUCCUAUUUACCUGAGGGUGAGUGGACUCCUGAGGCGUUAAUAGAGUUAUUACAAAGUCCGCCAUUUCGCCAACAGUUAGAUUCAUUUACUUAUGUCCUGCGUACUGGACAGGUAGAUCUGACUCAGUUUGGUAUCGAUCCAAGUAAAUACAAGUUCACUGUCCCGUCUUUUCUCGAAGCCCUUGAAGAUUCUGUUUCUACAACAUCUGAACAUGGAGAGUCAGCGCCAGGUGGCAACGAUCCAAAACCUCAGGCUCAUCAAGGCAGUGAUGCAAUGGAUGAAGGUCAAUAAUAGCGUUAUGUUGGUUUAUAUUUUGAGUACCUUCUAGAAGCAAUCACAUUAUGCAUAUACAUAGUUAUAUCGAUAUGGAUUGCUUGAUUCGCACUUGAGUUAGAUCUUUUUUCUUGUGGGCACUAAUGAUUGUCCAUCAAAUUUGCGUAAUUUCAAGGAUCUAUUUGGAAUUCUCAGUGUUGAAUUUUCAGUCCUGCGUCAAGAUAUUCGUUGUAUUUUCUCGAGUAUUUAUGUUUGGAUGCCCCUUGAAACCUUUCGUGAGAAUAUGUUUACAUCCUCUUACAGAAUACGUUUCAGCACGAUGCUCGAUUCUCUAUGCAUGAGAAUAGGCUCUGCGAAACUAACAUUUUUCUAUAGAUUAUACCUUGCGAAAGUGGGUGCCUAUCUUACAAGCUUCCUGCAUAAAGUUUGUUAUGAGUUGGACCAUGACAGAAUAUUUUG